AUGGACGACAGAGAGGAGUGGAGUGAAAGAGAUCAGAAAAGGAAGUCUUUGCUUACAUAUGUAGAAAAUGGGAUUUUGAAAAUGAAAGAGAAAGAGAAAGAGAAAGAGAUUUGGAAAUGGCCAAAGGCAAGUAGACACCCCACUCUGAAAACGGAGAUGAUUUUGGAGCUUGUUUGGAGAGAAAGGGCUUUAUUCCGCAGGGGACAUGUGGGUGCUAUAAUUGAAUAG